GGCGCCGUGCUUUUUUACCCCGCCUCGAGUCGAGCCAACUUACUUCAGUUGACUUCUGACCGUUGCACGGGAAGGGUGUGUUUCUUCUUGAUGAAAACUGAAAGACGUAAAGUUACGAUUAUGAAGUGUUAAUGUGUGUGAAUAUGCAAAAUUAAGUGUUUAAUAAGGAUUAUAUUUUUUGGAUUGAAUUUUUGUGAAGAUUAUAAUUAUGUCUAGUGUUACAACUGCGGAUGCUGUGAGGGCUGAUGUUAAAGAACGUAUAAUAGAAAGAGACGCUGGCUUCGUGUCUGGCGGUGAAGAUGACGACUCGUGCUCUGGGCCAGCACAUUCUGACGAUUCUGGAGUUAGACUGGUUGAGAAUGAUAGAAAACACAGCAGAUCCCCUUCGAGACAACCACCAAAGAAAAGAUUACGUCUCGGUUCGCGAGAAGACUUGGCCAGCUUUGAAAGCGACGCUCCAUCAUCCCCUUUUCGACCGUGGUCAUUCGUAGAGGAACCACAACGCGAACCUCUCUCCUUAGUCAAGAAAACCAGUGAAACUAGCCUACUCAGACAAAGAAGAAGACCGCUCGAGCCUCCACCACCACCACCAAUACCAAUCAUUGAACCAGUUGGACCUCCGCGAGUCCCGCCUCAUCCAGGAGUAGAAGAAUGCUCUGACAAAAAACCUAGGGAGCAAAGAAAUUACAAGAACAUGACGAGAGAGAGACGGAUAGAAGCAAACGCUAGAGAAAGAACAAGAGUUCACACUAUCAGCGCUGCCUUUGAUACCCUUCGAAAAGCAAUCCCUGCGUAUAGUCAUAACCAGAAACUGUCUAAGCUGUCAGUAUUAAGGAUAGCAUGUGCGUAUAUUUCUGCCUUAUCAUCAGCUAUAGAGCCAGACGACGACCUCUCAGAUGCAGUAGAAAAAGUCACCCAGACGAUACACACAGAAGGAAAGUUAAGAAAAAAGAAAGAUGACCCUUGAAUCGUUUAAGGCUGUCCUUGGUUAAAAGAGAAGAAUCAGAGGAGAUUACUUUGAAACUGAAGAUGAUUUAAAUACGUCCGUUCUAGUACAAAGACGACAAUAAUUGUGUAGUUACUUAGGAGCUUUACGUUGAAUCUCGUGGCUGGUGCCUUUUCAAAGUUCCUAAUUCAGCGGGGCGCUAGUUGCCAAAACUAAUAAGUUUAAUCUGUAACGGGGAACUAUAUUAUGAUUAUUAAAAAAGAAAAUUGUAGACGACAAUGACAUAAUUCGCUCAUUAAAGACAUUUUAAAGGGACUCUUAGACACGUUUAAUUCUUAAGUACAUUGUCAAUGUCCUGUCAGUUUCAAUAGCAAUACUUAUUACCUCAAUGAAAUGUCAUUUGGCGUAGCCAUUACCAUUCCCAUCCCAGUAUUAAAAUGUCGAAAAUGUUUAUUAAUUUGGGCUUUAAUUCUAUAUAUUUAUUAUAAAUCGAGUCAGUAAUUUUAAGACAGAAUUGUAUAUUUUAUAUAAUUAGUGUAAGGUGUAUAAUGUGUACAGCCCUAUGUUUAAGGCACAAAAGAUUGAAUUAAAACAUUGGAGACUUAUAAUUUGUUUUCGAUUUACAUGCAUUUAGUCAACUGCCUUACUAAUAAAUAUCUCAAAUGUACCUGUCAACUAUAGACAUCUAUACUCUCUACACCUCGUAUAGUCUAUGACAAGAGCGUUGAUUACAAGAAAUAAAUUGACAUUUUAUUAAAAGUUGCUUUUUCAUUACGUUCUUCGGAACUCUGUGGUCAAAAGACUACGUUGGGGAGAAUAUUUCUGAUGAAAAAAAAUGUUAUAUUUUGAAAAUCUAUAGAUAAAGUUAAUUCAUAUGUCAACAAAUCACGGAUUUAAGUAAGGCUGCUAUUAAUAUAAGUGCCUCUAGAUACACCGCUGUGCCGAAAAAUAUAUGCCUUAAACAGAUGUUGUGAUAAUGUAAAUAUUAGGUUAAAUGUAAUUAAAAUGUUAAAGGGAAGACAUAUAACACCAUUGUGAUUUGUCAGCGAGGUCCAUCUCAAUAUUAUAUAUUUCUGAAGCGAAAAUUCCAUCAAUAAUAGAAUUAUGAGCGUUUAUAUUCCUUGUUUUUUUAAGUACCUUAAAUACCGAUUUUAUUUAUUGACUUAAUAAUAAGCUUGCACAACUAUUAUGACGUCACUAAUAGCACGGACAAACCCUAUGUGGUUUCUCAGAACUCUCGUAAAAAUUCGUGGUACGAGUUAAAUUGUUGUCUCAAUCGCGGUGUUGUAGUAGGCUUUCUGGUGGUAUACAAUGAUUGUAUGAUUAUUAAAAACUCAUUAUUUUCAAACAUUAUUGUUAAUCAGUCAUCAAACGUAUCUUAUGCUGCAAAUCAUAACGUGUAUAAAAGAAUAAAACGUUGAUCGUGUA